AAGACGAACACCAGCAAGGGAAAGGUCGUCGAAAGGCCGGAAUAUGAUUCAACACCUCGUGUUCCUGUUGGCACUUCAUACCGGCGCCAUUCAGACCGGAGGAUCUCCGGCACAAGGCCAGGAGACCAAGCUGUCUUGCAUCAAUGAUUACAUCGUCACGGUAAAGUGUACGCUGGGAACUCCCGGAUAUUCGGACGACGCCAAAAACGUCUCGCGUCGGCUGGAAUUCCAGCGCGAUGAUGGAAUGAAAUUCAACUGCCUGCUUACGGAAACGGCGGAUUAUUUCAAAUGUGCGUUCCGCUCGUCGGACACAUUUACAGACGGAGAGCGCUUCGUGAUAACCCUCUACAGCGCAACUCAUUCCAAUGGCACCGUGCUGGAGGAAGUGUACAGACCAGUAAAGCACGUUAAACCGCUAACGCCAUGUAAUCUAACCGUCCGCUGGGUCUCCGACGCUUACGUAUUAACUUGGGAUCACGGCUAUGAAAGCAUUAAACCUCCGAUCUUUCUAAUAAAGUACCUGCAGUACAGACUCUCGUACUACAGAAGCGGACGGCCGGAUAAGGGGGUGGAAAACCAUUUGUUGAACAAGUCGAUUCGCAUCGCCGGAGAUGCGUUAGAGCCCGACACGGAAUACGUCGCGCGGGUUUGUUCCGGUCCCGCCGGGACCCAUUACAGGGGGGAAUGGAGCUCGUGGAGCCAGGCUGUCCAGUGGAGAACGAGGAAACGCAAAGCCGUGACCCCAGACAGCAGCGGGGAUUUCAAGGUCUCUGGGACCGCCUUCUUGUGCGUCCCGCUUGGCAUGAUGGCGUUGCUGUGCUUCUGGCGGAAAACGAGGUCCGCGAUGAACGCGUGCUCCCGGGUGCCUUCGCCAGCCCCCUUCUUCCACUCCUUGUACAGCAGCUAUAAAGGAGAUUUCCAGAGAUGGCUGGUGUCCCAGGGGAACCCGGGAGGACCGCUGAAGGUGGACGCCCAGAAGAUCGACGCGUUGACCGAAGUCGGGCCCGUGGACAGCAGGGGGCUGCUGGCCCCCCCCCACCACUCGACCCACCGCCCUGCCGCGUACGUCAACCCCCGUUCUUGCUCCGGCGUCUCCUCCGCUCAGGCCCAGCGGGACGCGCUGCUCCCGGAAUCCUUCCUGACGGGCGGCUCCUCGGAGCCCAAAGGUCCGAGCCACGACGAGCAGUACUGCACGCUCCCGGGCGUCCGCGACGACCUCGUACCCUGCGCCGCCUUCGCGCUCCCCUCCGACGCUCGGAGCUGCAAGCGCGACCCGCACCUGGACGCGCCGUAGACGUCCGCGCGGCCUGCGACGCCGCGGAUGUCCGACGAAACCCCGUUUGCACAGUCCGAUGAGCCUUCAUCACUUUUUUUAUUAUUAUCCUUAGAAUUUUCCUGUUUAAUGUCUUCAUUGUGCUAUAAUUUUGCAUUAAAUAUUAAUAGUCUAACGUCACUGCUGAAAGGACAUCGCAGGAGACGGGGGCUCGCGAGGAGGGCGGCUGCUAGUGAAGAGGUUAGAACCGAUGACCAUCGAGUCACAUGUUGUAGGUUCGAAUCCCGGCUUUGGAUUCAGAACCCCUGAGCAAGGUACUUAUCCUAGAUUAGUGUAGCAAAAUUGCCUGCAUGAGUAAAUAAUCGUAGGUAGAUUAAUGAUGUCAGUAGCUUUGGGGAGAAAAAACAUAAGCUAAGCGAAUAAAUAUAAUUGCGUGGAGGUGAGUGUGACUAAAAUGUGAAAUCGGUUUAUUUGUUUUUUCUCUGUGAUUUUGUUGAGUUUUUAAACAUGAUCGGAGCGUUUGCUCCAGUGAUCGUUUUCCAUUACCGCUGUAAGGGUUGUACAUAAGCCUUAAGUCAGAGUAAUUCUUUUUAUUUCGU